CUCCUAUCUAUCCAUCCUACCCAACGUUAACUGAGAAACCGGUACAGGGUCUCCAGAGGCAAAAUGCCACCGACCGACCGAGUUUUAUUGUUAUUUUAAACUUUCAGUCACUGUUUCAUUGGUGUACAACAGCAAGGUCUUCGUCAUUUAUCCAGCUCAAGUUUGAGUUACAUUUAUCAUCCGAGGGGACUUUUAUCGUUGUCUGUUAUCCACCGGUGCAACAUUAGCUGGGCGGAAGGAAACACAGAUACAAUUGAAGCCCAACCAUUAAUAUAGGCUAGCUAAUCGUUUCUGUAGUUUGUUAUUUUUACCUGCCUCUUCCUACUGACACCGACAUGGCUACUAAUCCCCCAGGACAAGCCGUCCCGAACAAGACACGGGUGGCGAUCCUGGCCGAGCUGGAGAAGGAGAGGAGACGGUUGAUGCAGAGUCAGACCAUGAACACACCUGGAGCCAGCAUCUCGCUGUCCAGACCGAGUCUAAAGGAGUUCAGGGACAACGCAGAGCAGCAGCACAUCGCUGCCCAGCAGAAAGCUGCCCUGCAGCACGCACACGCACACUCUUCAGGCUUCUUCAUCACUCAGGACUCCUCGUUCGGGAACCUCAUCCUCCCUGUCAUUCCACGCCUGGAGCCGGAGUCUUGACACCCCCGCCUCCUGCUGCCCGGCGUGAGACAAAGCUUUGAAACAACAUACAUGCACAUCAAACCCUCGUCUCUCCCAGCUUCCUCUUUUAAGUCUGUGAUUAAUGGACAGUUGUUUGUCAUGUUGCAAACUAUCUCAGGGGAGUGUGAAUUUAUCAUUUUUACAUUUUCCAGACUAACAAGCUAGCUGCUGAAUUUAGAAAAGCUUUCAAAACAGUCUGAGGAAAAGUUCCAGAUGGCUGUGAAACAUCCUGUGAAGUCAUCCAGGGACUAAAAACAAAUGUUUCACUGCGCUAAUCACAUGGAUUCCCAUAAAGUGCACAUUUUGUCAGGUUUUUUACAUUUGUAAUGGAUUUGUAUCGAUAUGUGGAAAUAAAAUUGUUACAUUCAGUUGUA